GUUAUGGAGAUACAGAAGCAAGAAUUGCUCAGUGGAGCGGUGUGUCCAGAUGCCAAGGAGUCACAAGAUGACACAGAUAAUGUGUUUCUGUGUAAAGCAAAGGAGAACAUUCAUUUAAAAUCAGAAAGCACUGAGAACAGGGAAAGUAUAAACACAACACCUAAAAAGCAAGAAGAGGAGCAUAUAUAUGAAGUACCUGAUGUUAUACUCACUAGUUCUGCUGAAUACAUUUAUGAAACAGGAAGUGUUAAAGAACCACUGAAGCACCUGGACAACGUCACACUUCACAUUGCUGUUACAGGAUCAACUGGAGCAGGAAAAUCCAGCUUUAUCAAUGCAAUACGAGGUCUGAAACCUGACGACAUCAACGCAGCUCCCACAGGAGUGACUGAGACGACAGUGACAUCAACAGUGUACGCACAUCCUACAAUGCCCAGUGUAAAAUUUUGGGACCUGCCAGGGACUGGAAGUCCCAAAUUUAAAGCCAAAAAAUAUCUAAAGGACGUGAAACUUGAAACCUUUGACUUCUUCAUCAUCAUCUCCUCCGAGAGAUUCAAAGAAAAUGAUAUCAUGCUGGCUAAAGCAAUUAAAGAGAAGAAGAAGUUGUUCUACUUUCUCCGCUCGAAGAUUGACAAUGACAUUCGAGCAGAAUCUCAAAGGAAAGACUUCGAUGAGCAGAAAGUUCUCUCACAUAUUCGCGAGGACUGCCAUAGAAACCUUAAUGAUGUGAAUAACCUCAAACCAGAAAUUUUUCUGAUUUCCUCUUUUGAAUUGCAUAAAUAUGAUUUUCAAACCCUCAUCGACACACUGGAGAAGCAGCUACCUGCUCACAAGAGAGAUGCUUUGAUUUUGUCCUUGCCAAUAUACUCCUCUAAGAUUCUGGAUGAGAAAAUUGAGCUGUUUAUGAAGCAAACCUGGUCGGCAGCAGUCGCCUCUGGGUCCAUUGCUGUGGCUCCAGUGCCUGGUCUUUCCAUGGCUUGUGAUGCUGCCAUUUUGCUGGCUUUCUUUACCAAGUGUUACUAUGCGUUCGGUCUGGAUGAUGAAUCAAUAGAUAAGCUUUCAGUCAGAGUCAACAAUCCAUCCCUUAAAUCUGUAAGAAAGUCACCUCUAGUGAUAGCUAUUGGGCAAAAGAAACUCAGUAGUAAGGAGCUAUCAGCACUGACAAAUAGGGAAGCAGCAGUUAAGUUUGCGUGGAGCAUGGUUCCUGUUGUAGGUAGUAAAAAAACUGCAGAAAUGUCUUACUCCGCAACACUGAACCUUCUGCGAGCAGGAGUUCAGGAUCUUGCUGAGACAGCCAAAGAAGUGCUGAAAGUGGCAGGUCUGACUGACGUCUACUGAAAUCACAGACUGAGGUCAGUCAAGAGGUCAUGCCAUUGAUCUUUUUCGUUAAGCCUUUUUUACUUUUUUUUACGCAGUCACCUUCACUCAUAAGUAACUCAAAAUUAUGCUGAGCUGCAUGUUAUUACUGUUUUGAACAUGUUUUUCCAUAUUAUCUUAAAAAUGCCUUAAAUUGCUUUUGUUAAUUGAUUUACUUCCUGUAAAACAUUCCAAUAAAGGGCAAAAUAAAAAUUGUUUAUUAUCUGUUUUUAAUGAUGUAUAGGCUAAUGUCUCAUACAUAAUAAAAAUUAAACGGUGUUUAGCUUUUAUUAUAAAAACAUUUACUCGUUUUUAAACUGAAGCAUGGUUAAACCUUUGCAAUGGGCAAUUCCUAAGUCGCAUAAUAUAUAACCAAAUAGCGUGUCAGAAUGUU